GGACCCAGCCGCCUCCCCGCCCAGCCCAGCCCAGCCCUUCCGCCCGCCCAGGAUGGAGGCGCCCGCCAGCGCGCAGACCCCGCACCCGCACGAGCCCAUCAGCUUCGGCAUCGACCAGAUCCUCAACAGCCCGGACCAGGACAGCGCGCCCGCCCCGCGGGGCCCCGACGGCGCCAGCUACCUGGGAGGGCCCCCGGGGGGCCGUCCGGGCGCCACAUACCCGUCCCUGCCCGCCUCCUUCGCCGGUCUCGGAGCGCCCUUCGAGGACGCGGGAUCUUACAGUGUCAACCUGAGCCUGGCGCCCGCCGGCGUGAUCCGGGUGCCCGCGCACAGGCCGCUGCCCGGGGCCGUGCCGCCGCCUCUCCCGAGCGCGCUGCCCGCCAUGCCCUCCGUGCCCACGGUCUCCAGCCUGGGCGGCCUCAAUUUCCCCUGGAUGGAGAGCAGCCGCCGCUUCGUGAAGGACCGCUUCACAGCGGCGGCCGCGCUCACGCCCUUCACCGUGACCCGGCGCAUCGGCCACCCCUACCAGAACCGGACGCCGCCCAAGCGUAAGAAGCCGCGCACGUCCUUCUCUCGCGUGCAGAUCUGCGAGCUGGAAAAGCGCUUCCAUCGCCAGAAAUACCUGGCCUCGGCCGAGAGGGCGGCGCUCGCCAAGUCCCUCAAAAUGACGGACGCGCAGGUCAAAACCUGGUUCCAGAACCGGAGGACCAAGUGGAGGCGGCAGACGGCGGAGGAGCGGGAGGCGGAGCGGCAGCAGGCGAGCCGGCUCAUGCUGCAGCUGCAACACGACGCCUUCCAAAAGAGCCUCAACGACUCCAUCCAGCCCGACCCGCUCUGUCUGCACAACUCGUCGCUCUUUGCGCUGCAGAAUCUGCAGCCCUGGGAGGAGGAUAGCUCCAAGGUCCCCGCCGUCACCUCUCUGGUGUAAGCCACCAGCGCGCACUGUCGCCUAGGAUCGCCGUCCCUCCCCCACCCUCACCUGGCGGGGGCGCCUCGGACCCCCAGCCGGGCUGGGGAGGGGGAAACCGAGGCCAAGAGGGGAACGGGCCACCCAGCUCGAGGGGGUCGCCGGGGCGCGGCCGCAUCCCCGCGGGUCGCCGAGGGGAGCUGGGCCCGGGCUCCGCGCGGCUGCACAAUCCGAGCCCCAGCCCCGCGCCCCGUCCCGCCCCAGGCCUGGACCUGACAAAGAAAGCGCCUUACGUUACUCCGCCCCUCGCCCGCACCCCCCCGGGCCGGGCGACUGUAUUAUACUUUGUACUUUUGCCCAAACGUGUAAAUAAUAAUAAUAAAAAAGUUUUGGCUUUUUUUUUCUUUAGAAACUGGCCACCUGCUUCCCCGCGGGGGCAGCUGGAGGAGGGUUGGCCGGCC